UGGUGGGUUUGACAGUCUUGUCCGAUGCACAAGGGCGGGGUUCUCGGUCGGUGGAACUGAAUUACCGGCCGAAGAAAACUUACCCUUGUUGAGCCUUGUGGUGUGGGAAUGCGCUGGACACUGCCUGUGAAAAUAGGAGCCCAAUAGACAUAUCUGAGAAUGUCUUAACGUUUUGUGGCUAGUUCCAGGAUAUAGAAUUGGACUCUUGUUUGACUCGAAAUGAAUUAUUAUUUUUCCUUCUCAGAAUGAAGUGACACCACAUCACAUUUCAGUAACUGGGAUCUGUGAUCUGAAAUCUUUACAACCAGAUUUUUUCCUCUACACCGGAAAACAUAGGAUUUGAUUUUGAUAAGGGUGGGAGGCGUGGGGUGGGGUUGGGAGCAUGGCUGAACCACGCCAUGAGAGCACCAGCAGCCUGCAGAGGAAGAAGCCUCCAUGGCUCAGACUGGACAUUCCCACUGCUCAGGUGUCCCUGGAUGAGCCACCCACCUUCGUCCAGCCGGUGAAGCGCCAGGGUUUCCUCCGCAGUAUCAGCAUGCCAGUGGAGCCCUCCCACCUCCGGUCCCCGCCUCGCGACCUCUUUGACCCCCGCCGGCCGCCCCUGCUACGCCAGUCCUCCAUCACACAGACCAUCAAGAGCAGCAGGAGGGUGCACUUUGAGCGGAUUAACACAGUGCCCGUUAAGGGUCAGCGGGCAUCUCGCCGCGGCCCCAGGAAGCAUCACUCUCUCUCCAGAACCUUGCUCAGGGGCACAGCGGACUGGUUCGGGGUCAGUAAGGACAGCGAUGCCACCCAGAAAUGGCAGAGGAAGAGUCUGCGCCAUUGCAGCAUGCGCUAUGGCCGUCUGAAGCCCCAGGUGAUCCGGGAGAUGGACCUGUCCAGUCAGGACAACAUCUCUCUGACCAGCACCGAGACGCCCCCGCCCCUCUACGUACCCUCCUCAGCACACGCCUUUGGCAUGCAGAAGAUCGUGGACCCGUUGGCGAGGGGGCGUGCGUUCCGUAUGGUGGAGGAGGUGGACGGUUACAGCGUGCCCCAGACCCCCGUCACCCCCGGCGCUGCCUCCCUCUGCUCCUUCACCUCCUCCCGCUCAGGCCUCAACCGGCUGCCGCGGCGACGCAAGAGGGAGUCUGUCGCCAAGAUGAGCUUCAGGGCAGCAGCAGCUCUGGUUAAGAUCCAAACCAUACCCACCCAGUACCACUAUGACCAAACUCUUCCCUUAAUCGAUAAGGGGCGCUCCCUGCGGGAAAACGCCACCCUGCGGCGGAUGCAGAGACGCAGCUUCACCCCUGCCAGCUUCAUGGAGGAGGACGUGGUGGACUUACCUGAUGAGCUGGACACAUCCUUCUUCGCCAGAGACUGUCUGAUGCAGGAAGAGUUGUCCACGUACGCUGACGAGGUGUUUGAGUCUCCGUCGGAGGCGGCUAUGAUGGAUGUGGUGCAGGAGGAGGGCAGUAAACUGGACGAGACGGAGCUGACCGGCAGCGCUCUGGACAAGAGUGAACUGGAGAGGAGCCAUCUCAUGCUGCCUCUGGAGCGAGGGUGGCGUAAGGCCAAAGAGGGAACCCCAGGACCACCCAAGGUGCCCUUGCGGCAGGAGGUGGUGAGUGUGAACGGACAGCGACGGGGGCAGCGCAUCGUUGUGCCCGUCAAGAAGCUGUUCGCUCGGGAGAAGAGGCCCUACGGGCUGGGCAUGGUGGGGAAGCUCACCAACCGCACCUACCGCAAGCGCAUCGACAGCUAUGUGAAGAGGCAGAUAGAGGACAUGGAUGACCAUAGGCCUUUCUUUACGUACUGGAUCACCGUUGUCCACUUGCUGAUCACCAUCCUGGCUGUCUGCAUCUAUGGCAUCGCCCCCGUGGGCUUCUCCCAGCACGAGACGGUUGAUUCUGUUCUAAGAAACAAAGGUGUAUAUGAAAAUGUCAAGUUUGUACAACAAGAGAACUUCUGGGUCGGGCCCAGUUCAGAGGCUCUGAUCCACCUGGGGGCCAAGUACUCUCCCUGCAUGCGUCAGGACCAGCAGGUGCACGACCUGAUCCGGGACAAGAGAGACAUAGAGAGAGACUCUGCCUGCUGUGUGCGCAACGACCGCUCCGGCUGUCUACAGACCUCAGAGGAGGAGUGUUCGAGUACUCUGGCCGUGUGGGUGAAGUGGCCGGGGCCUCCCAGCACCCCUCAGCUGGAGGGCAGAGACAGGCAGUACGGCUCAGUGUGCCAUCAGGACCCCCGGAUUUGUCUAGAGCCAGCAUCGGUGGCACCACAUGAAUGGCCUGAUGACAUCACCAAGUGGCCAGUUUGCACCAGGUACAACACAGGGAACCACACCAACCUGCCUCACAUAGACUGCACCAUCACAGGCCGGCCCUGCUGCAUCGGCACAAAAGGGAGGUGUGAGAUCACAUCCAGGGAGUAUUGUGACUUCAUGAAGGGCUACUUCCACGAGGAGGCUACUCUCUGCUCCCAAGUUCACUGCAUGGAUGAUGUGUGUGGCCUGCUGCCUUUCCUCAACCCAGAGAUCCCAGACCAGUUCUACAGACUGUGGCUCUCUCUCUUCCUGCACGCUGGGAUCCUUCACUGCAUGGUGUCAAUGUGCUUCCAGAUGACCAUCCUGAGAGACCUGGAGAAGCUGGCAGGCUGGCUAAGGAUCUCCAUCAUAUACAUCCUGUCUGGCAUCACCGGAAACCUAGCCAGCGCCAUCUUCCUGCCCUACAGAGCAGAGGUGGGUCCAGCAGGCUCCCAGUUUGGCAUCCUGGCCUGCCUGUUUGUGGAGCUGUUCCAGAGCUGGCAGAUCCUGGCCCAGCCGUGGCGGGCCUUCAUCAAGCUGCUGUGUGUGGUGCUCAUCCUCUUUGCCUUCGGCCUGCUGCCCUGGAUCGACAACUUUGCCCACAUCUUUGGCUUCAUCUCUGGCUUCUUCUUGUCCUUCGCCUUCCUGCCCUACAUCAGCUUCGGACGCAUGGACAUGUACCGCAAGCGGCUGCAGAUCAUCGUCUUCCUGGUGGUGUUCUUGGGGCUGUUCGCCGGCCUCGUGGUGCUUUUUUAUGUCUACCCCAUCAAGUGUGACUGGUGUGAACUGCUCACCUGCAUCCCCUUCACAGACAAGUUCUGUGAGAAGUAUGACCUCAACGCCCACCUCCACUGAGGAGACGGAAGGUAGCGCCGGAGGAGGGACAUCAGGUCAAGAGGCAUCGAUUGGCAGGUGUUAUCAACCAAUCCUCUGUUCUGUCCUAUAGUGUGGCUAAAGAGGAGGGGGGGGGGGUCCUGUGCGGCGUUCCCUCUCCUCUGGCUCUGUGAACUGAACUUUGAUGACAAUAUGCUUGUGUUUUUUACUCGGUCUGUCUGUAUGAAUAAGUAGGAAUGCCACUGCACUCGUCAUGAGACAUUAAUCACAUUCUUUUCACCCCCCCACACACACCAUUUUCUCUCCUCCACUGACCAAUGAGAGAAGGGUAUGGUCUAACCCCGUAUCUAAGCCCCUCCCACAUUUCUCUCUCUUCACGUAUAAGGCAGAGUUUGGAGGAGUCAUCACUGGUACAAUAGACAGAAGGAAAUAUUUCUGUAUUUUUUCAAUUUGUUCUUUUUUAAAUUUUAUUUUCAUGUUUUUAACACUCACAAUCCAGGAGUAGGUUUUGUAAUUAUUCAGGCAACCUCUCAAAACAACCAGGGACAAACAAAUCAGACAUUAAUACCUUUGGUGCCUUGCUGAUAAAUGUACCAACUACUGCCAUAUUUUUGUUACAAUACGUUGAGCACUCGAAUGCUACCCUUUUUAUUUGUUUGUUGCUUCUUAAGAAGUAAUGAUUGAUUGAAACAAGGUAGUGUUUUAGCUACCUAUCUACUCAUAUGUAACUGAAUAGAACAAGUAAAAAACUUGAAAAGAAA